UUUUCUUUUUUUCUGGAGCUGCCACUCAGAGUGGAGGGCAAGAAGCCCUCACGGCGAUACAACCUAAAGCCCGUCGUUCGAUUUGCCAUGGCUGGAAGUGGAAGCUGGGCGGCGGCACGGGCCCAAUGCUUAUCAAGAGGCUGGAUGCAUGUCCGAGUACAUGUACGCUGUACGAGGAGAUGCAUUGUGGUCUUUAUUUGAUGCUGUUACUGUGGCAAUUGCUGGCCUCAUACGAAGCACCAAAUCCGUAGCCGAGCCGAGCACAGCUCGAGAUGUACUUGUAGUACCUAUGGUAUUCAACACAGCUUGUAGCAGCUACCUUUUGAAGCUUCUCGCUGCCAUCAGACAGAACAGCGCAAGACAACUUGAACUCCUCACCGUACCGCCAGCAGCAGCAUUUGCAACCAGCGCCACCCGCAAUCUUCAGCUUUGUCAUCGCAUAUUUCGUCAAGUUGCUCAAUACGGCCAGAAGAAGAAAAACUUGCUGCGAUUGAUCCGCAGCAAAAAUGGAGCUCUGAAGGAGGGGCAAAGUGGGCUUCUGCAUCUUCACGCUCAUGCUGUCAGCCGUGCCUCGCUGAUUGGCCGCUUGCUCACGCCGCCUAAACUGCCUUGCAGUCCAUGUCGCGGUACGUACCGCAAGUACUUUAACCACAGGCGAUUUUGGGCAAUGCCAAGUCCCUGUAGCUUGAGCUCUCUAGAGCUUCUUCAUAGGUCAACUGUCUCAGCCACAUGUUGGCCACAUGUUGGCCAUUGACUCACUUCAAUCAUGGUUCGGUAUUGUUAUAUAUAGAGUCUCCUCAUUCUAUCAUAUCAACUAGUCACUCGCCGGCCAAAUUUUGAAUCGGAAAAA